AUGGCGGAAACCAAGGAAGAGGCUCCUGGUUCUGAAAUGGACAGACGCACGGUUUUUGUCCGCAACCUUGCUUUCAAUACCACACAAGCUAAGUUGGAGGAAGCGUUCUCAGCUGUGGGCCCAGUCCGCAAGUGCUUCCUGGUCAAGGACAAGGGGUCCGAGCAGCACAAGGGCUUCGGCUUUGUGCAAUUUGCCCUUGCUGAGGAUGCCGAACGGGCAGUGGCCAGCAAGCAGGGGAGCAGCUUGGAUGGAAGGACCAUCAAGGUGGAGGUAGCCAAAAAGAGGGCGUCCUUUGAGGAGCGCAAAACCAAACGAAGGGAGCCAGGCGAGCCUGCUCCGGGCUUCAAGAAGGAGGAGGCCAGGCCCCCUGGUCCGCCAGAAGGAGCUCCGGAAACAGCGAGCAGGGCGGAGGGGGCCGCGCCAGAGGAGGAGGGAGCGCCACAGGUCGAGAAGGAGCCAAAGUGGAAAGCAAAGAAGGCUGCCCACGCUGCGGUUACUGAGACCGCCCAGGGACAGGAAGCGGGACAGAAGCCGGCUGCCAAACGCAAGCGCGAUCGGGUGGAAGGGGCGCCCGCCAAGAAGCCAAAGCAGGAGGGGCAUGUCUCAGAGAAGCAGAAGCCGGCGCGCACGGUGGUGUUUGGGAACCUGGCGACCCCCAAAGUUGUCGCUGCGGUGGUGGCCAAGGUGCGCGCCCUGGGCCAGCUGGAGGAGCUGCGCGAGAGCCUGCCCGACCAAGACCUGGAAAACAACAGUCUGGCCAAGGAUGGCUGCACAGCGCCCGCUGCCUUGGCGGUGUUCCAGUCAGUGCGUGCAGCCCGGGCUGCUGUGGCGGCGUUGCACGGGCAGAAGGUGGCGGGAGAGGUGGUGUGGGCCAGGGAGCUCGGGGGUGAGGGCGCCAAGCUGAAGAAGUGGCGCCUGAUUGUGCGCAACCUGGCAUUCCAAGCCAAGGAGUCAGCGCUGCGAGACCUCUUCUCCCAGGCCGGCUUCGUGUGGCAGCUCACAAUGCCGCGCAAUCCGGAAGGCAGGCUGCGUGGCUUCGCUUUCGUGGGCUACACCAGCAAGGCGGAUGCAGAGAAGGCCAUCGCCUCUCUAAACGGAGCCAAGAUCAGCGGGCGUCCAGUGGUGGUCGAUUGGGCGGUGGCCAAGAGCCAGUACGAGGCGCACGUGGCUCAAACGCAAGAGCAGGAGCCAGUGGGUGAGGAGGAUGGCGCCGCGGGGCUCGGCAAUGAUGACGGCGCAGAGAGCAGCGAUGAAGACUCGUAUGAUCGGGAGGCAGCAGGAGGUGCGCCGGACAGUGAAGAAGAGGGAGUCAGUGACGAGGAGGGGGACCAGGAAGGAAACGACACUGCGGCGGAUGGUCGGACAGGAAAGGCGGAGGAUGAAGGCGCCAUCAUGCGGAAGGUGUUAGCAGGGGUAAUGCAGGACGAUGAAGGGGGCACAGAGGCGGCGGAGGCGGGGGCAGGGGUGGCCUUGGAGGAUGACGAAGACGACCCCCAUGCUGCACGGCGGGCGCUGUCCCGAGCUGCUGGGCCGCGACCCAAAGAGAACGGCGUUGCAGCUCAGAAGGCCCCCGCCCAACCGGCUGCGGCGCGCACGGAGCGGGCGCCCCCGGCCAAGGGGACUGCGUUCGUUGACUUUGCCGCCAAGGAGGGCGCGGAGGCCGCCGUGGCCGCCAGCAAGGCGGCGAGCGGAGCGGGGCUGGUGAUUGGGGGCAAGAGCGUGGUGGCCGACCUGGCGGUGGGCAAGGAGGAGGCCAAGGACAUGGCCGUCGGGCUGGCCGUCAGCGUGCGCGACAAGGACAAGAGGAACCUCUACCUCGCAGAGGAGGGCGCCAUCAAGGACGGAACCGCUGCCGCCGCAGAAAUGUCGAAAGCAGAUGCUGCCAGGCGGCAAAGGCUGGCGGCUGAGAAGGCGACCAAGCUGCGGAGCCCCAACUUCUUCGUGUCGCCGACAAGGCUGGCGGUGCACAACGUGCCUAAGGAUCUCGACGAGAAGUCCCUCAAGCAGAUUGUGAUCACCGCCGUCAAGCAGCGCGCCUCCAAGCAGACGCCGCACCUCAAGCAGGUGAAGAUCCUGCGCGAGGACAGCAAAGGCGAGAAAGGCGGCCCCAGCAAGUCGCGCGGGGCCGCUUUCGUGGAGUUCACGGAGCAUCAGCACGCCCUGGUGGCCCUGCGCGCGCUCAACAACAACCCGGGUCCCUUUGGCGUGGAGCACCGGCCCAUCGUGGAGUUCGCCAUCGAGAACCGGCUCAAGCUGCGGCAGCGCGAGAUGCAGCAGGCCAGGAGGGCGGCCCCGCACAAUAGGAAGGAAGAUGCGGAGGCUCAAAAAGACGGGGAGAAGGAGAUGACGCGGGAAGAGCGCAAGCGGAAGCGGCGGGAGGAGAAGAGGAAAGACAAGAAGGAAGAGCGGUUAAGGAAGAAGCAGCAAGGGAGCAUUCAGCCGGCAGGGGACACGGAAGGGGCUGGGCAGGAGGGCGGUCCCGCGGCAGGCAGGCAGGGGAAGAAGCGGAAGCGGGAGGCAAACGGCAGCGGUGCACGGGAACAAGGGGACGGGGGCGGGAAGGCAGGACCGGGGAGGCCCGCGGUGGCCAGUCGAAAGCCAGUGCAGCGGGAACCUGGUCAGGACUUGGCGAAGACUCUGGGCCUGCCAGAAGGGGAGCGAAGGAAGAAGGGGGAGAAGCCGCUGAGCCGCAAGGAGCGGAAGAAGGCGCAAGGAGGCGGGGGAGAGGACCGGCUGGACCGGCUGGUGGCGGAGUACAAGAGCAAGUACUUCCAGGGAGGGGGGUCCCCGGCGGGCAGCAAGGCAGCACAGCCAAUCAAAGCGCUGAUCGCCCAAGACCUCAGCCGGUGGUAUGAAUGAGCAGAACCGUUUCCGCGGGUACCCGCUUACAUCUUGCCGAAGGGGUCUUGUUUAGCCAGCACUGGCGAAUCUGGGCCGCUUUUUCCGGCCGCUCUGAAGUACCAGCGCGCUUAAGACGCAAAAGAUCGCCGUCAGCUUCUUCUAGCUUCAACAAUCAUGAACUUCGCGCAUGGACUGCCUCCGGGUACUUAUUGUCACUGUUCAGUCAUGAUUCUAGCGCAGAAGCGAGUCAUGCCUUUCUUUUGCAACGUAUGUCGUAUUUUAUCGAGGUGGGUAAUCGGUGGCGGGUAGUGAGGGCG